AUGCGGAGACAGAAACGACAACGACCAUCACAAGGUAAUAAUUCUGAACUUGAAAAAUAUUUAUCUACUAACUUUGAGUUUAGUGAUGCAGAUGCAGGUAAUAACUUUCAAGUCAUUCAGUGGUGGAAGUAUCAUCAAUCUCAUUAUCCCAUUUUAGCUAUGAUAGCAAAGGACAUUUUCUCUUCACCAGUUUCUACAGUUUCUGUGGAACGGGCUUUUAGCAUGGGAGGUCAAAUUUUAGACGAAACUCGAUCAAGAAUGAGUCCAGAUUCUCUCGAAGCUCAAGCAUGUCUUGAUGAUUGGACCAGAGCUCAAUAUAGACAACAAGAAUACAUCCGAGACAAUGAAGAAGAAUUAGAAGAUUUUGAUAGUGAUGUAUCUUCAGUGAGAUCCGAAGACAGUGACUAA